AUGGAUACAGCUGAUACAGCGGUAACUACGCCACUGGCUUUAAAGAAAGGUUACUUUCCGUAUCUCUUCAAUACGAAAGACAAUGGGAGAUAUAUUGGAAAAUUGCCACCAAUGAAAUAUUAUAGUGCAGAUACUAUGCGAACGGAAGAACGUGCAAUUUUCCUAAAAUGGUAUUCAGAACAUAAAAAUGAUUAUUUUGAAUAUUGCAAAAGUGAUGUCAAAAUUUUGACAGGGGCGUGCUUGGAGUUCCGAAAAAUUUUUCUGACUCAAUGUAACGUUGAGCCAUUUAUAGAAUCGGUAACGAUUGCUUCAGCUUGGAAUUUGCUAUAUAGGCGGAACUUUCUAAAACCAGACACUAUCGGACUAAUACCGAAAAACGGUUACAGAUGUGUUGACAAUCAGUCACCAGAAGCCAUCAAGUGGAUGAUUUCGGAAGAACGUAAUGGAAAAAUAAACAUCAGACAUUCGUAUAAAGGAAAAGAGGUUUUAAUCAACGGGCAUAAACGGGAUGAUCCUCUGCACGAGAACGAGAAUGACACGUUGAACCGAAGGUAUGAGACAACAGAAAGACUGAGGGAUUUCGGUUACGAGGUAAUUGAAAUGUGGUCUUGUGUGUUUCGGAAGAAUCUCAAGUUGUUUAAAAAAGAAGUCAGAGAUUUCUUAAACUACCAAGAACUUAUUCAAAGUUCCCCUCUAAAUCCUCGCGAUGCUUUUUAUGGCGGCCGAACCGGAAAUGUCGUCGAUUUCUACAAGUGUAAAAAAGGGGAAAAGAUAAGGUACAUAGAUAUAUGUUCCCUCUACCCUUGGGUAUGCAAGAAUGGAAAAUUCCCCAUUGGACAUCCCAAAAUUCACAUCACUGGUGAUUCAGCCUGCUCAACUACUUCAAAUUUGGAAGGAAAGAAUGGGCUCGUGAAAUGUAAAAUUUUACCUCCGGAAAACCUGCUUCGCCCAGUUUUACCAAUAAAGCAAAAUUCUAAGCUCAUGUUCUCACUAUGUCGAAGCUGUAGUGAUGAGAGAAAUGUAGAAUCAUUGUGUUCUCAUACUGAUGAGCAAAGAGCGUUGGUUGGGACUUGGGUAAUUGACGAGGUCAAUAAAGCAGUGGAAAAAGGAUACAUCAUGCUCAAUAUAUUUGAAAUAUGGGAGUAUAAUGUAGUCCAGUAUAACCCGGAUAAAAAUUCAGAUGAUGGGCUGUUCACAUCUAUGAUGAACAAAUUCCUUAAAAUAAAGCAAGAAGCAUCUGGCUGGCCAAGUGAGUGUUCGUCGCAGAAAGAAAAGGAAAAAUAUAUUUCAGAUUUUCCUGUAAAAGAAAAUAUUCAACUGGAAUUUUCGGAGAUUUGUAAUAAUCCAGGAAAAAGAUCUCGUUUGCAAAACUGA